AUGGUGGAAUCAGCAGCCAAUCAAGGUCCAGACUGUGAGUCUGUAUGCAACAAGUCUGCAGGUCUGGAGGGGCGAGGGCCACCGGUGUUGGUCGACGCCUGGCUUGUCCCCACUUUCUUCAGCCUCAUCAUGUUGGUCGGUCUGGUCGGGAACUCCCUGGUCAUCCAUGUGGUCACCAAGCACCAGCAGAUGAAGACCGUCACCAACUUUUACAUAGUGAACCUGGCUACAACUGAUAUCUUGUUUCUGGUCUGCUGUGUGCCGUUCACUGCCACCCUGUACCCACUGCCCAGUUGGAUUUUUGGAGAGUUUAUGUGCCGACUGGUGAACUACCUUCAACAAGUGACUGCUCAGGCCACGUGUAUCACUCUGUCAGCGAUGAGUGUGGACCGCUGCUACGUGACUGUCUAUCCUCUGCGGUCACUGCGACACCGAACCCCACGGAUGGCUCUGGCCAUCUCUGUGUCGAUCUGGAUAGGCUCCUUGCUUCUGUCAGUCCCAGUAGCCGUGUACCAGCGCCUGGAGGCAGGAUACUGGUUUGGUCCUCAGACGUACUGCAGUGAGGUCUUUCCCUCAGUCCACCUCCAGAGGGCCUUCAUCAUCUACAGCUUCCUGGCAGUCUAUCUUCUGCCCCUGCUCACCAUCACCGCCUGUUAUGCCUUCAUGCUCAAGCGCAUAGGGCAGCCCAGUGUGAAUCCCAUCGACAGUGGUUAUCAACUUCAGGCUCAGGCAGAGCGAGCAGCAGCAGUGCGGGCGCGAGUCUCCCGGAUGGUGAUAGUGAUGGUGGCCUUAUUCCUCAUCUGCUGGGGCCCCAUCCAGGUCUGCAUCCUCCUGCAAGCUUUUGGCCUCCGCAGUUAUGUUCUAUACAAGUUGAAGAUCUGGGGUCACUGCAUGUCUUACUCUAACUCCACUGUUAACCCGCUGGUUUACGCCUUCAUGGGCAACAACUUCAGAAAGGCCUUCAAACACGCCUUCCCUGCCAUAUUCCUGUGGCGCACGAGGAGGAGAGUAAGGGUGGGAAACAUAGACGCAGAGGAAGGGGCAGAAAUGGAUCGCCAGGCACCCAAAGGAGAAGCAGAGAUGCACUUUCUUUCAUCUGGGUCCUAAAGGCCAUGCUGGGCAUUCAGACACUGUGCGCUCAUUGUUUAUUUAUUGCAUGUUCUGGAGAUGACAGCAGUCCGCUCAUACAGUGCUUGUGUGUGUGUGUGUGUGUGUGUGUGUGCUCAACAUAGAAAGUACUAAGAACAUCAGUAAAUGACAGGUUUAAAACAGACACACACACACACAUACACACACGCACACAGUUAGGCGCAAUGACUGCCAUGUGAUCUUAAAAAAGACAAACCAGUCAGGUGCCUCUCGUGACCUUCAUGAGUUGCUGAAAUCCAAUUAUCUUCAUCACAUUUUUCUAACUUAGCUGGAUUGAUGGAUGCCAAAAUGUUUGAGCCUCUGGUGACGAGGACUACAUCAUCUUUGAACAGCAUUUACAUAGUAUAAUAGUGUGUGUGCGUUACAGUAAGGAUCUUGGCUUAGCUUAAAUAGUGACACAAAUUCUAUUUGGUCUGAACAUUUUCACAGAUUAGCUGUUUCUGUUUUUUUUUCUGGUCAUGUUCUUUAUCCAGUGUGUUUUUGAAUGUCAGCAGUUUUUCUGUACUGAAUUAUGUGUUUUGGGAUCAUUAGUGGAACUUUAUCUCUGUACCACAUGAUUACAGAUAAUAGGUCUUCUGCUAAGUCAAGUCCGUUUUAUUUGUAUAGUCUAAUAUCCAAAUGUUCCUCAAGGGGACUUUCGAAUCUGUAGAUUAUAUGACUCCCUCUGUCAUCCACAUGAAGACAUCAACGAGAGAUCGCUGAGCAA